AUGAAGAAGGAAAAAAAGAAAUAAAAAUAAAAAAGUUCAUUGGAUGAAAGAUUUAUUGAAUUUUAUAUUUAAGUCAGAGUACUAUGCGAACACUAUUUAGUCAAAUUUAAUAGCGCAAUAAUUAAUAUUGUGUUGAUAUUUUCGACGAUUUAGGAAUUGAGCUUUUUAUUGUUGAAUUACCAAGAGGAACUUUUUUCAAAAGGAAUCAAUUUUUUUACCUUUAUUCGAGAAAUUUCCUUGGCUUCUCGAAUCAAAUUAAGUUCAAAUAAUGAAUUUAAACAUUUGAGUUACUUAAUACCAUUAUGCAUCACCAUCCUCUAUCAAAUUGUACUGAUAUAUUUAUUUAUCAUUUAUUUGGGGAAAAAUAAGAAAUAACACAGAUUGAGUGAAUUUUUAAAAACGUAGAAUCGAUUAAUUUAAAUUCUUCUUAGAAUAUUGUCAUACUUCCAUUCAUUGCUCUAUUACAUUCUGAUCAUUCCAAUGAUGGAAUUAACAUUGGUAUCCCUAUUUCACAAUGCCCAAAGCUCAUCCAUCGACAUGAUCCAUUUAUCAUUUUCAAUAAUUACACUGAUCUUUGUGAUCGCCAACUUUUUGAUUUAAUUGUUCUGUAAUUUAGAAUCAAUAUCUAUAACCCCUCAAAAUUUGUAAUUGCUGCAAGCCACCUUCAGCAAUUAUUGGAAAUCCUUAUUAAAUUUCAUAAUUAUUGUCAUUGAUCAAAUGGAGAGCUCCUAUCUAACUAAAUUUUAUUUAAUUUUCAGCAUUGCGUUAAUCAAGCAAUCCAGCAAUUUUUGGGUCUUAAUAUGGAGUUAUCCAAACCUGCAUCAUAGAUAGAAGAUUGAAAUUUAAUGCAAUUUCUUCCAAAUUACCAUGGCCAUCAUACUGUUUAUUAAUUAGGUUUCAGAAUAAAAAUAAGAUACAUAUGAUGUCUUAUUGAUACUAUUGAUAUCACCAAUUUUAAACGAACUGAUAUAUAACUAUGAAAUUAAGCAGCAUGAAUCCUUAAUGACAACAAGCAGUUCCAAAAUUACAGCUGACAUGUUGCAAUAUAAAAUUGGUAAUAUUAUCCAUGAAUAUGGUAAUCUACAAUCAAAUUACUUACAAGAGACCAAAAAGAUCACAUAUAUCCAUUACUUUAAAUAAACUCACUUAGAUGAAUGUGAUGAUUCUAAAUGUCUAUGUAAAAGAUAGAUGGUUUCAUUUGAAGAUGUCGUAGGCUUAUAUCUAAAAGAUUAAGUCAAGAGCUUUGACAAUAUGAUUUCGAGAACGAAAGAUGAUUCUGCUCGCUAAUCUUACUUCUUACAUUACUUAUCUCUCAUAAACUAUCUAGGAUUGAAUACAAAAGCGUUUUAAUAAUCUAAUUUCUUAGCCUAACUUGAUAGUGAAUAGAUCCAGUUUAGUUCUUCUGCUACUCAUGGAGUAAAUUAUCAAUUCAAUCAUUAAAAAAGCGAUAGAAAAGAAUAAAAUAACAGUUCAGAUGGCAAAAGUCAUUCCAUACAAAAAUCAAAAUCAUUAGGUGAUAAAAAUGCAUAAAGCAGUUCCCAUAUUAGAUUAAAUAAUAUGGGUUUUAUUGCUCGAUAAAAACUCAACUUAAUUUAAGAAUAGAUCAAAUAAUCAAUGAGCAUGGGAUUUUCUAAAUAAUCUGCUUAGUUAUCUGAAAAUUUAGAACAUGCUGUUAAACUAUUUCUAUAAUCUGAAGAGAACAAUAAAAGGUUAAGGAAGAAAGUGGUUAAGAUGAUUAACAGAAAGAGGGAAUUCUUCAAUAAUUUAAAUCAAUUGAGCAAUGAUCUUAAUAUUUUUAGAGCUGGUAAGAAACUCCUUGUUUAGAUGAAUAGCCUUGAAGAUUAAUUGUAUAAACUAUAUGAUUAAUUUCCAAGUUAAAAAAUGUAAGCACUCAACACAUUCUAUUAAUCUGAAAUCAUGAAUAAUUACUUUUCUGCAUAUAAAUUAGCAACAAUAGCAUCAAUUUCAGAUGAAAAGUUGCUAAAAAUGCAAUCUUAAACCAAUUUUGAUUUGUUUUCUAAUAAAAUAGAUUAUCUAAUCAUAGGAUUUGAUUAAUAAUCACAUAAAUUAUCAAUUAGAGGGGGUUCUAAUAUGAUUCACUAAUUUUUUGGUUUGUCUUAAGAUUCAUUUAAAAUGAUCUCUCAAAUCAAUUCAAUCCUGCCAUAAGGAUUUGAAGUAGUACAUGAAAAAUUAGUUGCCAAUUUCUUAUAACAUGGAGUAUCUAAAUACUUCAGAUAAAUUAAUUUGAAUUUUUGUCAAUAUCAACAAAAGUAUAUAAAAACAAUAGAUUUCUUUUAUGAUAUCAAUUUUAUGAAUUUGGAUGAUUUAACAUUUGCUUGUUUCCUGUAAAACCUUGAAACUUAAAGUGUUUAUCUAUUUUCCUUAUCCAAUCACAAAGUGUCAGGGAUAUCAAAAAACUUUAUCAAUAAAUUGGGUUACAGCAGCAAAUUAAAUAAAGAAUUGGCUUAAGCUUUUCAGAGAGUUCCAUUAUCCAAGAUUUUUCCUAAAAUCUCUUUAAUACUUGAGGCCAACAUCACUAAGGCUUCUGAUGCUAAUUUAGAUGUCAUUGAUGUGACAUAAAUCAGUGAAUAUUCAUUACAAAUGUAAGUUCCAUUGGCUUUACUCUUGGAGAACAAUCAAAAAAUAAAUUGGGAAAAUUAAGACCAUUUAACUAGCUAUUAAGUAGAUUGUAUUUUACAUAUCCGGAAUUUUAAAACAGAUACAAAUUAUAUUAUAAUUGAAAUCAAAGAAAUUAAAAAACAAUCCAGAACAGAAAAUACAACACCUGAACCAUAAUUGACAUUAGGAUAAAACUCAAAUUAAGAAUUUGAAAGUUUUAAUGCCUAUGAAUUUGAAUAGGAAGAUAUAGAAUAUGCAGUAAAUUUGCCUAAGGCAAUCGAAUUGUAUGGAUUGGAGGAUCAAACAGCAAAUUUAGAAAAUUUGGAUCAUAUGGAUCAAUUUGAUUACAACAUCAAUAAACUGAGAGUCAAUGAUAAGAGUUUAAAUUAAUCUUAUUAAUAACCAUAUCAAAAUUAAUCAAUGUUGAGUCCAAAAGAUAGUGGAUUGAGAUUAAUUGAGAAUAAAAAUCCAGAUUUUAAUGUUACCUAAACUAAAGGUAAAUAGUUUGGUAAUAAAUAACAAUUCUUUAAGUCAAUUGAAUAGAUUGAGUAGGAAGAGCAGUCUUCAUCAUUUCAAUAAAGUAGUGAAAAAAAGCAAUAGAUGAUAGAAAAUUAAGUAGAUAAGCUUUAGUACGAUGAUAUAGAUCAAGAAUUAUAAGAGAAUAUUAGAAUGCAAAUGUAAAUGGACUCCAAGGAAUAAAGGGUUGUUCACAUUGAUGACAUUGGAUCCCAAGUUAGUUCCAUUGCAGGAUUGAAGAAAUCAAAAUACUCAAAAAAGUAUGAUUUAAUUGAGAAACUGAUAAACUCUACAAAAUUUUCAAAGAAAUUUAAACUUAUGUUGGUCUUUCUAACAGUGAUGUUUGUUCUAUUUUUAGUAUAUAGUGGGAUUAUGCUAUAUUAUUCAAACGAUGAUUUGAAUAGAUUUUUAGAAGAAUUGGAUUUAAUCCAAAUAAAGUCUAAUAUUAUUGGGCCAGUUAAUAAGUAUAUCGUAUCUUAGAAUUCUUUGACAGUCUAUACUGUUCUAUUACUCCUUUAUCCAAAUAUAACAGUAUAAAGUUAAAUAGCAAAAAUGCAAUAUUCAAUUAGAGAUAUCAAUUAUACUUACUUUGAACUUAAAGAUAGUUUCACGAAAUAACUCUCAAACCCUUAUUUGAAUCCUUUCUUUGAAGAUAAGUAUUUCAAUAUUUUGGUAGGCAAGUAUCCUAAUACUAGCAACUACUCAAUAUCAGCAAGAGAAUCUAUGUAUUUAUAUUUAGAGGCUUCAUACAACUUUGUAAAGAUAGAUUAUCUGAAUAUCAUCACUUUAGAUUUAACUCAAGGGUUUUUAGUGUUUCUAUAUGGAAAUUAUUAAACAUUUGUAGAAUAGUUGUCACUGUUAAAUCAAGAGAUGGUAAACUAUUCGAUCAAUAGAUCAGGUACUGUGUCUGAGAAAUGGAAUUAUCUUCUGAUUCCAAUAGUGUUAAUAUGUUUUUUGUUAUUGGUUAUAGCUUUUACAUUUUAUAAAGCCUAUUUAAAUCAAUACGAUAAUUUUCUAUAACUUUUUAACUUUAUAGAUGUGGUUUGGUUGCAAAGAGACAUUGAUAGAUACAGAGGAAUAGCCUCAUUAUUAAUAAAAGAUUCAGAUGUGUUAUUUAAAUAUUAAUUUGAUAUUGACAUCAAAGAGAAAUUUUUAGCUGCUGAAGAUAUAAGGAAGGAGAAAAUUGCUUAGAAUUAAAAAAAUAAUAAGUAAAAGUAGAAAGGUUAAAUUGCCAAUUUAAAUUAAAGGAUGUCUUUAUUCCCUUCAUUAUUUACAUUAACAUUUAUAUUUGGAAUUUGCUUUAUCUUUUGCUUUAUAACGAAUUCCUUGGGUAGAAAUUAUUUUGAUAAGUAUCCUGAUACAACAACAUUCUUUAACUCACUAUCUGAUUUGUGCAUAGCUGUUAGUGGGGUGUUCUCUAUGAGAGAAGUUACAUACUAUUAAAAGUAUCCAAUAGGUACAAUCUUCUACUUUUUUCAUGAUAAAAAUGCCACAUUUUUUGUUCAAAAUUUCUUUGAUCAAAUUGAAAUCAUCAAUAAUUUCUUAUCUCUUGUCGUUCAAAUGGAUAAAUCAAAAUACAUAACAUCUGAUGAAUUUAUAUCAGAAAUGGAAUUAAUAAUGAGCACUGAUGUGUGUUAAUUCUUGCCAGCAAAUAAAAUCGAGAUGGCUUAAAGUCAUUGUGAUGCCGUAUACUAAGGGGUGUUGCGUAAAGGAUUUUCAGCUGCCGGUGCAACAAUAAGAAACAAUUUACUGAAUGAGUACAAUCAAACAAAGGGAUUUGUACUUAAAGUCUACUCGCCAGAGGAAGAACUAGAGGCUGGUUUGAUAUUAUAUGAUACCAUUUCAGUUUUGAAAUAGAAAUUUCAAAGUUAGUUGAAGAAUUCAACUGAUGAAUUGAUUUUACAAAUAUUGAUAAUAAACUUGGUGUUUAUUAUUCUGAUGGUUUUGAGCAUUCUGUUGGUUUUUACAAAGAUAUUGUCAUAUUUUAAAUGGGAAUUCAAUUUGAUGAAGCGAUUUUUAUUGUUGCUUCCUCAAUAGUCAUUAUUUUUGGAUAAUUAGUUGGAUAGGACAAUAAGACAGAUGGUAGUGAAGGAUGAUUUGACCUGA